CUCCAGUAACCACGUCACCGCCGCAUUACAAGCGCAUGCAUAUGCACAUGGUACCCUACCUUUACCAGCUGAGCUGUCCCAGCAUGUAUGUUGUUCCAGUUGCUCCAGGUACCUUUUCUUAGUUCUUUUUCCACUACGAGCACUACGAGAUAAUGUACAACUACACAACUUAUACAUACUUGCCUCGAUUUUAAAUCACGACAUAAUUACCUACAUAGAUACGCAUUCGGCUGUCGUGAACCCAUUUUCAACAGAUUCAUCCACACUUGCACUCUCAUUUACGAUGCUUUUCGUCUUCAUGUGCAACUAGCCGUCUCUACCUAGUACCGACUGAUCCGCCGACCGACAAAUAAUUUCUCUAGGCACCAACAUUCAUUGAUUCUCCGGAACAUGCCUUUCUUUAUACAACUACCUGUCCAUCUUGAACACGGUAGCCUUCUCUGUAAGGGGAAGAGGAUAUAGACAUUUCAUAACCACAAACCCGCCCUCUCUAUUUGUCCAUAAGCGAAAUCCAAGUACAUAAUCCUAAUACUAAACUGGCAAUGCCUUCCAACACUCUCAUCAACUACGGAGAAGCUCCGAAAGCACACAGCUAUGGAUCGAAAUGUCGGCUUGCUCCAUUAUCCCACCCACUGGCAUCGUCCGGUGUCGAUGAUAUUCCGCCAGUGAAUGCCCAAUACUUCUACCUAUCUUCCAUGCCCAUAGACGAUCCUCUUUCUACCACUAUCGCUGCUACUACCGACCCGAAAUCUGCGAGAAGUAGCCUUCGACCCUUCCGCCCUGGAGACAAUAACGAACUAGAGAAAGCUUGGCUGGGUCUUUCUUCCGAUUUUUAUCGCGACAACCACACAAACGCCCGACUAAAUCGGCCUCCUAUCCCACCUCUCUCUAUAACAAUUAGCGAGAAGCUACAUAGCAUCGUGCGUCGGUUGGCUAUACAGCAUGCCGAGAAGCACGCACGCGAAGGUCCUUCGCGGGAAAGGGUAAAGCCCUCCCUUGAAGCUCUUCCAGAACCAGAUGCUGCCUCGCUUUUAUGCUGCUCUGAACUUCUCGUUGAUAUUGGGGUUGCUUUACGGACAUCAUUUUGCGCUGUCGCCAGGCGAAAGCAGCACAUGCUCAACCAAGACAUAGUCGCCCAAGCGAUCAUGAGUGAGAUGAACACGCUACAUACUGACUCGACAGCUACUGUCACAGAACGACACGCACGAUCAAACAGCGUACCUCCGAGUCAAUCUCAAAAAGAUCCCAUGUUAAGGUCAGGUCAAGUUAACGAGCAUACUAGCAAUCGACCUUUAAGCAUGAUAUUGCCGUCUCAAACGGCAGCCGACAGAGGUAUCAGUAUCUCAGUUCCUACGAAGCCAUCGUUUGUAGACGAUGGGAUUUCAGGUAGGCCUUUUGUCCGCGUAGGCACGCCGGAAACACCUACUUUCUCACCGCCGGCAUCACUUCCAAGAACCACUAUACGACCGAGCAGGUUGACCGAAGAGAUCAAACCUGAUAAAACCCAGUCCCAUCAAUCUUCAUCGACUGGUAGUCCAUCCUUUUCACCCAUGCCUGCGGAGACUUCAAAUGCGAUUUCACGUGAAGUGACGGUUGGUGUUUCCAGGCUACACGAAGUGUCUCUUCCUGCUUUGCAAAUGAAACCUAUCUAUUGGUCCCCUGUCAACGAUAUUGCUACAGUGUUUCGAGCAACCUGGUUUUAUAGAGAUGAUAUGAGACCUAUUGAUCCCACCGUAGCUAACCAACUUGAAGCUGGAUACCGAGAGCUCAAGCCCCACACUGAGACCUGGAACGACGAGCUUAGAUGUGCUGUAGAUGUUGGUCCUUUGGGCGAGGAAAAAGUAUCACACCCCUUGUGGCCGAAGGCAAUAAACAAAGCCUCUAGGAAGACCGACGAUUUCGUGGAGCCACCUAUAUCUAGCAAUCCCUUCUGUGCAGCCCGUUGUUUCUGUGGCGAAGCGGCAGCAGAAGGUAGUCUGAUAUCGACUCCAGAUGAGGAUGAAUCCCCUGUCCCAACGCACAAGAAAUUUGAGCAAUAUCAUGUGAUUUACAAAAACGCGACUACAGCGUAUUUGCUUAAGCCAAGUUUGAAGCCCUCGGCAUAUUACGGGCGCCGACCAGUAGCGAAGAUAAUGAAAGGAUUCACUGUUGGUAUCCCUGUGGUACGAGGAUUUGAUUACGAGGCCUGGAUGAAGAAGCAUGAGAAGAAGCAGGGUCAACAAGGUCAAGAGGGCCAGAACGUAAUGGCGAUGGCCAGUGAACACGCUAGUGAACACCGAGAAGAAGGUGGCCGCGAUGUCUGCCCAGCUUGUCAGUCCGACGAAGACCGUGCGCAUGUCUCAGAUCUAGUUCUGGUUGUCCAUGGUAUCGGUCAGAAGUUAGCCGAAAGAGUAGAAAAUUAUCAUUUCACUCACGCCAUAAAUGCCUUCCGUCGAGCCAUCAAUAUCGAGCUCCGGAGUGACGCGGUUCGAGGGGUCCUAAGAAAAGGCUUGAAUGGUAUAAUGGUUCUUCCCAUCAACUGGAGGCAAAAUCUAUCGUUUGAAGACGGUGGGCCAAUGAAGGAGGAGGACAAGGAACAUUAUACGCCUGGCGGCUUCACGCUGAAGGAUAUUGAGCCCACGACUAUCCCCGCUGUUCGAAGCAUGAUAUCAGACGUCAUGUUUGAUAUCCCGUUCUACAUGUCACACCACAAACCGAAGAUGGUGGAGGCCAUGGUCAGCGAAGCAAACCGUGUAUACAGACUCUGGUGCCGAAAUAACCCAGGUUUUGCAGAGAAAGGAAGAGUUCAUCUGAUAGGUCAUUCGCUCGGCAGCGUCAUGUGUAUUGAAGUGUUGUCAAGGCAGCCGACAGUCGCACCAGUCCUACAGCUCACGAAGCAACCUGAGUUGAAGCAUUUCGAGUUCGACACCAAGAACCUCUUCCUCCUUGGCAGCCCUGCCGCUUUCUUCCUGCUGCUCGAGAGAGGUGCAUUGGUGCCAAGGCGAGGCCGCCGCAAACCAGGGGCGGACCUGAGCGACGUUAUGUCGAGGAAUGUCGUUGGUGAAGCGGGACCUUUCGGCUGUAUUGCUGUGGAUAACAUAUACAAUAUCAUGGCCCGGGAGGACGCUGUUGCAUAUUUACUCAACGGCACUCUAGACCCGAUGUAUGCUGCCAGCCUAAAAACUGCGUACGUUCCCAGUACAUCGACGUCUUUUCUACAGUCUAUGGGGAAUGCGAUGAAGAGUAUUGUGCCUGGAACCUCCAACUCUGUCCCAGUAGGCGGGAUAGGCGCCCCGGUCUCAAGGCCACCAACUAUGCGUCUCCCGUCGCAACUGGAGCUCGAAGUCCACGACUUUACACGCGAAGAGGUAGCCGAGAAAAAGGCAUUCUUGCUCAAUGAUAAUGGGCAAAUUGACUACUUCUUACGUUCAGGUGGUGGUCCACUCGAGCUACAGUAUCUGAACAUGUUAAGCGCUCACACGAGCUAUUGGGUAAAUCACGACCUAAUCCGCAUGUUAUGCGUGGAGAUCGGGAGGAAUCCGGGCAAGAGAAAUACUUUGCCCUCCAUGAGGGCGAUGAAGGUAGCGAAGAGGAAUCAUCCUUCAAUGGUCUGAAUGAAGAUAUAGAUGGCUUAACGAAUAUAUUUCACACUCCCCUUUUCAGCCUGGCGUUUGGGAAGAACUUGGAUAGGAAUGAUAAUGCGUAGACAUCGGAUACCCAUCACUCCCCAAUCUACCUACCUAAUGGACACUUCUACAGUUUGCAGCAACAGAGCAAUCAAAGAUUUUAGAACAUACUAGUAUAAUAUUUACACUUUCCCCUAGCCAGCUAUGUUGUGUUUGUAGCGGUGUAGCAAGUGGCAUAUCCCCCUAUUCCAGAGGCUUUCGUUUCUAUAUCAGGUUUACUUGGUUGUCUUACGAUGAUAUACUAGAAUUAACUUCCUAAAGAUACCUAUGCAUUUACCAAUCUUUUGAGCGUAUUGACGAAUCUCACGCUCACAGCCUGCUCCGUAAUAGCCUUACUACCUACCUACCUACAUACCUACCUCCUAUCUUUCCCCCCUUAAAGCGCAUACACCUUCUUAUCUCCCUGUCUUGCUUACAAUAGAGAAUCAAAGUCUUAGGGGAGAGAACCGACGACUGGAAUAAAC